UAAUACUAUACACGGGCUAACACGACGGGCUCUCACCGACCAUGUCUGCGGGGGUGGGGGUCAUCCUGGCUCUCUAUAAAUGAUAGAGCCGUUGUGGUCUAUACUGAACACAUGGUGCAGUCAAUCUAGCAAGCUUGUACGCCCGAACUUGUAAAGCUAAUAGGCAUCACCCCUGAAUAGCUAUGAAGGAAGGGAGGGGCGUUCGCAUGGUUACCGGCAACGGCGAAAACAGCUACGCCGCAAACUCCAGGCUCCAGGAGAAGGCCAUUUUGGAGACAAGUCCGGUGCUUCACAAGGCCAUAGAAGAGCUGUGCAAGUCGCUCUCAGCCCGACGGAGCACCAUGGUCGUCGCUGACCUCGGCUGCUCGUCGGGCCCGAACACUCUGCGUGUCGUCUGCGAGGUGAUCGGCGCGGUCCAGUUCUACACUCGGAAAUCGGAAGAAGAACGGCGCGCCGUGGAGGUGCAGUUCUUCUUGAAUGACCUGCCGGGGAAUGAUUUCAACAUCGUCUUCCGGUCACUGGAGCAACUGGAAGAUCUCGGCGGCAGAGAGACGCAGCCCUACUAUGUGGCGGGCCUGCCGGGAUCCUACUACAGGAAGCUUUUCCCUUCUCGGAGCGUCCAUUUCUUCCACUCGUCCUACUCCCUCAUGUGGCGCUCUAAGGUCCCCGAGGAACUCUCAAGGUGCACUCACGUGAACGAAGGCAACAUCUACAUUGGAAAGACUACCCCACCUAUUGUGAUUAAGCUGUUCCAACAACAAUUCAAAACAGACUUUGAGUUGUUCCUUGCACUGCGCUCUAGAGAGCUUGUCAACGGAGGCCGAAUGUUGCUAACAUUUCUUGGAAGAAAGAGUGAAGAGAUGAUGAUGCACGGGGAUGUUAGCACCUUAUUUGAAUUGGUUGCCAAAUCUCUCCAGUCUCUGGUCCUAAAGGGUCGUGUGGAGAAGGAGAAGCUGGACUCAUUCAACCUGCCAUACUACGCUCCAUCGGUGAAAGAGAUGAAGGCGUUGAUCAAUGAGAGUAAGCUCUUUGAUAUCGAGCAUGUUAGACUCUUCGAAUCGAACUGGGAUCCUCAAGACGACUCAGAAAGUGAUGUGGUACUAGACUGUGCUAGCAGCGGGGCAAAUGUGGCCAAGUGCAUAAGGGCCGUGUUGGAGCCACUGAUAGCAGACCACUUUGGAGAUGACAUUAUUGAGGAGCUAUUCGUGGUGUAUGCUUCUGUCGUUGCAACGCAUCUGGAGAAAGCGAAGGCAAAGUACCCCAUCAUCGUGGCAUCCUUGAAGAAGGCCAUGCAUUGAACUGGACACAACGUUCAUCACAAAAGGAAAAGGCCACAUAGUUUAAUUGGUGGUAUAUGUUGAACAUUGUAAGGUUGACGCCCACUAUGGUUAAAUAUCACAUAUGUGUUGCUUGCCUGUUUUUCUAAGACAAAAGUCUCUCUUUUGUGCUCUAUAAUGAAAAUUACAA